GCCGCCAGAUGCGCUAGUGAAAAUCAAAAUUACGCUUGCGAGUACGAUCAAUGUAGCCCGGCCUUUAUGUCUAGGCGUGUUGAUUUCAGUAAGUUUUGUACUUGCUCCUGCAAAUUGUCUUUAUUCACAAAACAACCAAUUGUUUGUAAUAAUCAACGGAGAACGAUUGAACAUCUCGAAGAAAAUUCUGCAUCCCAUGUACAGUUCUCGCAGCACGUUGUAUGAUAUUGUUUUGUUGAAGAUCGACAUAAAUGAUGACAUAAAAAGUAACAUUCAACCGGCAUGUCUAUGGCUGGAAGAUAAAUUAAGCUUCUCUAAGAUAACUUUAGUUGGAGCACGUGCAUCAGGGCCUUUAAAGCAGACAGCGAGUAUUAAUGUACAGAAUGCAGAAACUUGUAAACCAUACUACGAUUAUGCUUUCUCUUCUCAAGGACAGUCUCUUGUAGAUCAUCAGAUGUGUGUUUUCUAUGACUUCGAAGAACACUGGAAGUGGAGAAUAAAGAUAAUCUACAUGGAUUUAAUUUCCGAUAACUUCAUUGUUCCUUUUGUGAUUGGAAUUCCAUCGUUUUUUGUAAUCGGCGAUUCACAAAAAUUUGAUGUUUUCGUCAAACUGUCCAAAUUCGGCGAAUGGAUUACGGAAACAAUGCGUGGAGAAGGUGAAGAAGUUUCAUUUGAGCUAACGGAAUGCAUCAAACGGCAUUCAAAUGAGCGUCGUAAAAUUAAUGGUAUGACGAAAUUCAUACCGGGCAAUACUCGCGAUUUCAUGGUAAUGAUUUACGAAAGUCCGGAUAAAUCCAAGGAAUGUGCAGGAGCAUUGAUAGCAAAAGAUAUCGUAAUCACGUUGGCACAGUGUGCAAGCAAUUUGAAGUUACAUUCUUCUAGGGUCAUGUUCUUCUCAAGGAAGACCAUUGCUAUCCGAGAUAUCAUUAUACAUCCUGACUACAUGGAAAAUUCUCUCUACAAUAAUAUCGCAAUUUUAAAGCUCGAAUCUGAGGCACCGUUUAUUCAUGCACAAUUAGAACCGUAUUAUUUUAAGGAUCAUAACGUAUUUUUGAACUGCCGUAAAAACGUCCAAUACAAUGAUUUCAGCUCCUUUUAUUACUUUUCCGUAAAUGAACUUUCCGUGCUGUUCAGUUACGAAUGUAACCCAUCUGUGGAGCAACGUAUUCGACUUUCAAAAGGGUUAUUGCCGGAACAUAUGUGCAUACGCAACGCACAAACAAUUGAUAUGAAUAUCUGCGUGACAAAGCCUGGUUCACCAAUAUAUUGGGUUAAUGGCGAUACAAAUAAUUUGCUGGGGUUGUAUAUGAAUGGCGAAAAUUGUGCCAUCGGAGAACAAGCCAUCAUUAUUUAUGUAUAUGCUCACAUGAAUUGGAUCGACUCGGUUAUUAACUCCAGAUAGAAUGUUUGUGUGCAGACGGUACGAUGGGUACAUGCGUUAGACAAACGAGGUGAUGCGCAGACGAAUGAAAAGCGACUGGCCGAUUUUGAACAACAACAGAGAAACGUCGUUUUUUGUCCUUUGAAUAAAAUAACA